GUCAGCUCGGGGGGCCGGACUCCGCUCUAGAUGGGAUAAGCUGUAAACAUGUUUAGCUUUGAAGGGGAUUUCAAAACAAGGCCCAAGGUGUCUCUCGGAGGAGCGAGUAGGAAGGAAGAAAAGGCUUCUCUCCUGCAUCGUACUCAGGAAGAAAGGAGAAAACGAGAGGAAGAAAGGCGGAGGCUGAAAAAUGCAAUAAUAAUCCAGUCAUUUGUAAGAGGGUACAGAGACAGAAAACAUCAAUACUCUAUCCAAAGAAGUGAAUUUGAUCGCUGUGCUAAUUUGGCCCAAUCUGGAGGAACUUUUUCUACUGCUAAUGGAGCCAAUUUGACUGUCUUAGUUCGUCAGCUACUCUUUUUCUAUAGACAGAAUGAGGAUUCUAAGCGUUUGAUAUGGAUGUGUCAGAAUUUAAUUAAACAGAGUUCUCAGUUUGUUAAGCAAUUGGAUGGUCCAGACAGACUUACUUGCUUAUUCCAAAUAAAAAGACUGUUGGGGCUGUGUUGCAGGCUAUUGCAAAAUUGCAAUGAUGACAGUCUGAAUGUUGCACUUCCUAUGAGAAUGCUUGAGGUAUUUUCAUCUGAGAAUACGUAUUUGCCUGUUUUACAAGAUGUCAGCUAUGUGACAUCAUUAAUUGAACAAAUUUUGCACUACAUGAUUCAAAAAGGCUACUACAAGUCGCUUUAUUUGUUAAUUAACAAUAAGCUUCCCUCGAGUAUUGAGUAUUCUGAUGUUUCUCGAGUCCCUAUUGCAAAAAUACUUCUGGAGAAUGUUCUGAAGCCAUUGCACUUUACAUAUAGCUCCUGUCCAGAAGGUGCAAGGCAGCAGAUUUUUGCAGCCUUCACAGAGGAGUUUCUGGCAGCACCUUUUACAGAUCAGAUAUUCCAUUUCAUCAUUCCAGCGCUUGCUGAUGUGCAGACCAUUUUCCCUUAUGAACUCUUUCUGAAUGCACUAUUAUUAGCAGAAAGUGGAUGUUCAAGAAGAAGUGAUGAAGCCCCAUGGCUUUUUUACUUUGUGUUAACAGUUGGAGAAACAUAUUUGGGAUCCCUUUCAGAGGAAGGACUUCUUGUGUAUUUGAAGGUACUCCAAACGUUUCUCUCUCAGCUGCCUGUGUCUACUGCUGGUACAAAUUGUCAAGAUGCAAACAGUGAUUCUGAAGAUGAGGAUGAAGAGAUCAGUAAAAUGACAACUACACCAGGUGAUGGGAGAAUAUCAGUUCAGUACAUAACUGAGGAGUGUCUAAAGAAAUUGGAUACAAAGCAGCAGACGAACACUCUCCUGAAUAUGGUUUGGAGAGAUUCAGCUAGUGAAGAGGUCUUCACCUUGAUGGCAUCAAUCUGCCACACGCUAAUGGUGCAACACCGAAUGAUGGUGCCAAAAGUCAGGCUUCUUUAUAGUUUAGCCUUCAAUGCCAGAUUCCUGAGACACCUUUGGUAUUUGAUAUCUUCAAUGACUACACGAAUGAUUACAGGGUCUAUGGUGCCACUCCUUCAAGUGAUUUCGAGAGGCUCUCCAAUGUCUUUAGAAGACUCUAGUCGAAUUAUCCCGCUCUUCUACCUUUUUAGUUCUUUGUUUAGUCAUUCACUUAUUUCUAUUCAUGAUAAUGAAUUUUUUGGUGAUCCAAUCGAAGUUGUAGGUCAAAGACAAUCAUCAAUGAUGCCUUUUACACUAGAAGAGCUUGUAAUAUUAUCACGCUGCCUUCGAGAUGCAUGUUUAGGAAUCAUAAAAUUGGCUUACCCAGAAACAAAACCAGAGGUUCGUGAGGAAUAUAUUGCAGCAUUUAGAAGUGUUGGAGUAACAAAAAACACAGAAAUGCAGCAGUGUAUACAGACAGAACAAAAAAGGUGGAUUCAAUUAUUCAAGGUCAUCACAAACUUAGUGAAAAUGUUGAAAUCUAGAGAUACAAGGAGAAAUUUCUGCCCACCAAAUCACUGGCUCUCAGAACAAGAAAACAUAAAAGCAGAUAAGGUUACACAGCUGUAUGUGCCAUCUGCUAGGCAUGUCUGGAGAGUCAGAAGAAUGGGAAGAAUAGGACCACUGCAAUCUACUUUGGAUGUGGGUUUGGAACCAGCUCCUCUUUCCGUAUCUGAAGAACGACAACUUGCAAUUCUGACAGAGCUACCUUUUGUAGUUCCUUUUGAAGAAAGAGUGAAGAUUUUUCAAAGACUGAUCUAUGCCGAUAAACAAGAAGUUCAAGGAGAUGGGCCAUUCUUGGAUGGAAUUAAUGUCACUAUCAGAAGAAAUUAUAUUUAUGAAGAUGCUUAUGAUAAACUUUCUCCUGAAAAUGAACCUGACCUAAAAAAGCGCAUUCGUGUUCACUUGCUUAAUGCGCAUGGUCUUGAUGAAGCUGGAAUCGACGGUGGUGGAAUUUUCAGAGAAUUUCUGAAUGAACUACUUAAAUCAGGAUUUAACCCUAACCAGGGCUUUUUUAAGACCACCAAUGAAGGACUUCUUUACCCCAAUCCUGCUGCACAGAUGCUUGUUGGAGACUCUUACGCCCGACAUUACUACUUUCUUGGAAGAAUGCUUGGGAAGGCUCUUUAUGAAAAUAUGCUGGUGGAGCUGCCAUUUGCUAGUUUUUUCCUCUCAAAAUUACUGGGGACAAGUGCUGAUGUUGACAUCCAUCAUUUAGCUUCAUUAGAUCCAGAAAUGUACAAAAAUUUGCUUUUUCUCAAGAGCUAUGAAGGGGAUGUGGAAGAACUUGGACUAAACUUCACUGUGGUAAAUAAUGACCUGGGGGAAGCACAGGUGGUUGAGCUGAAGCCGGGUGGAAAGGACAUCCCCGUUACCAGCGCUAACCGCAUUGCAUACAUCCACCUCGUGGCAGACUACAGGUUAAACAAACAGAUCCGACAGCAUUGCCUCGCUUUCCGCCAGGGACUGGCCAAUGUUGUGAAUCUGGAGUGGCUUCGAAUGUUUGAUCAGCAGGCAAUACAGGUUUUGAUUUCUGGUGCCCAAGUACCUAUUAGUUUGGAUGAUCUUAAAUCUUUCACAAACUAUUCAGGUGGCUACGCAGCAGACCAUCCUGUAAUUAAAAUAUUCUGGAGAGUUGUAGAAAGCUUCACUGAUGAAGAGAAACGCAAACUCCUCAAGUUUGUAACAAGCUGCUCUCGACCACCUCUUCUGGGGUUUAAGGAGUUAUAUCCUGCAUUUUGCAUUCACAACGGAGGAUCUGAUUUAGACAGGCUGCCUACUGCCAGUACCUGCAUGAACUUGCUGAAGCUUCCCGAGUUUUACGAUGAAAAUCUGAUGCGAAGCAAGCUUCUUUAUGCCAUUGAAUGUGCUGCUGGAUUUGAACUGAGCUGAGUCGAACGGAUGCUUAUUUGGAUGAUGUGCAGAGGAACUAACCAGUGCCUACUCCAUAAGCAGCACCUGUACCCAAGCAGUUUUAAGGGAAUUCUGUCUAGAUUUUUGCAGCUCUUGUGUCUUUUCAGAUGCCCUCAAGCAGGUUUCAUUUUUAGCCAUGAUUUCUUAGUUAGCUUUCAUGAAUUAAUAUUACAUUGACACUGCUUUAUGAUUCAAAACAAUGAAUGCUGUGUGCAGUGUGGCUGUUUUCUGUGUUGAUGCGAAGAAAGAGCACAUCUCAGUGAAAUUAACCAAAGAUGAAGCUUUGGCUUUGUGCUGUUCAAACAGAAAUAAUUUCACAAACUGGCAAUAAAGUUGUGUACCGUGCAGCACACUGGGGUGAGACAGGGCUAACAUCCUGUAAUUAAUCUUGGAGAUGGAAGUGAAGCAGAUGUUUGCAGAUAUCCCAGAACUGAGAGGAUGAAAAUGCUCAUUACCAAUAACGUAACAUCUUUACUUACGUUGUAGAAUUGUUUACAAAUGAUAGCUGUUGCAGAACUGACUUUGUUUCAUACUACCUUCCCUCAAGAUGGUAGGCACUGAGAUAAAAUGUUUAUAAUAUUCAGCUUGCGCUUUCUGAAAUAACUUGGAGAAAUUGGAUUUGCAUUAUUUUAAGUUCAACCUUUGGCUGCGUCAUUAUCACUUGAACACUGUCUUAAAUGGAUGUGACAUCCAUGUUUUCUCUGUUCUGUUUGUCUUUUGUGCCUGUACAGACAUUUUUUUUUAAAUGUAUCAGACUCCUAUUGCAUAAACAGCACAUACAAAAGUCAUCACUUUGGAAAAAUAUACAUGUAACAAUUAUUAAAAUCAUUUGAAC